AUGGCCAAGGACAAGGUUGAGAAGAAGGACAAGCGCGAGAAGAAGGAAAAGCGCUCGGAGAAGGACGGUGUCCACAAGAGCAAGAAGGACAAGAAGGAGAAGAAGGAUAGGGCUUCUCUCGCCGACGCAGUUGAGCAAGAGCUCACUACCAAGGUUCUGGAUGGAAUUGACGGUGCUGUCGCUGCGGAAGCCACUGCCAUUGUCGAGACUGAGGUGAUGGAUGUCGAUGCCCGCCCUGUUGGCGCUCUCGUGCCGUUUGCCCAGCCUUUGGUCGAAGACAAGUCGGCAAAGAAGGUGUUGAAGAGUGUGAAGAAGGCCGCCGUGAACAAGUGCCUCAAGCGCGGUGUGAAGGAAGUUGUCAAGGCUCUCCGGAAAUCUCCCGUUCCUGCACCUAACGCCCCGAUCAGCACUCCCAAUGGAGUUGUGAUCCUUGCUGCCGACAUCUCACCGAUGGAUGUCAUCUCGCAUAUUCCUGUCCUCUGUGAGGACCAUGGCAUUCCUUACGUUUUCGUCACAUCUCGAGCUGAGCUCGGUAACUCUGCCGCAACAAAGCGUCCCACCAGUGUCACCAUGGUUGUCCCCAAGUCGGCUGCAAAGGGUAAGAAGAGUGAAUCAGCAGAUGAUGAGGACUUUAGCGGUGUGUACGAUGAGCUGGUCAAGCUCGCUCAGAAGGAGGCCAAGAAGCUGAACCUUUAA